AUGGAUUAUCCACCAAGUUGGCCGAUAUUUCUUUUCUAUGGAAUUUCGAUUCCAAGUCUUCCACUGUAUAUUAUGGUACUUAUAUGUCUUAUAAAAUUGAGGUUUCACUCAAAAACAUAUCAAUCAACGUUUUAUACUAUUCUCAUGCAACAUUCAAUUGCUGAUAUUGGCAUUAUGAUUUUUUACACGACCAACCUCGGACUUCGCACAAAACCAGGAAUCCGAGAAAUACUGUACUCCAAUGAACAUUUUGUUGCUGCCACGCUCUAUAAUUCAAUAUAUUACACAUUGUAUAUUCGAUGUACUGGAAUUGUAUUUCUAUCUCUUCAUCGUUUUCUUGUCAUUUCUGCACCUACUCACCGUUUGACUCUGAUGGUUCAGGAGGCUGCCACAUGGAAAAUUGUAGCAGUUUAUUGGAUUGUUCCCACUUUGAUUAGUCUAAUAGUUUUGAAAAAUACAGAUGUUUACUAUAAUUCAAUGGAAGAGUUGGAAUAUGUCGUGCCAAAAGAUAUUCUAUCGCGCAAUACCCUAACGGCAAUGUUAAUUUUGUCAUCCAUGUGUUUGAUUUGUGUAAUUUGCUACAUUUCUUUGUGGAUUACCAUUCGAAAACAUCAAAAUGGGAGUCAAAAUAUCUCUAGAUCGUUCAAACGUGAAAUAUAUUUGGCAUUUCAAGUUCUUCUCCUACUUUGUGCAUUCUUUGUUAUGUAUGCCUAUUAUCUGGCUGUCAAAUAUUUCUCACAAGCACAAAAUACUGAACCAGUUUUCUAUAUUCGUACAUUUUAUCCAAUUGCCAAUGGAAUCCUUUCGUAUAUCAAUCCAUACUGUAUCUUAAUUCUGAACAGAGAGUUUUUGAAACAAUUCAAAGCUAUGUUGAAAUGUCAACUUUUGAACAAGAAAUGCAAAAGAAUAGCCAUAGUUCCUUCUGGAAUUCUGAAUCAUGCAUUCCGGGCGAGUUCAUCUCAAAUUUCACAUAAUUCUUAA